AUGUCACACCAUACAACUAGUGAGAAUUAUGCAUCCGACCGUCUUCCAGCUGUGAUAAGCUCGUCAGCAAUCAAUACACACGAAUCUUAUGGUCCAGCCAGACGAAAUGUAGCAUGGGGCUCGACAAAUUGUCCUGCAACACCCAUAUAUAUGUUUACAAGUCACGUUGCUCCAGCGCGAUCUGACGUAAAUUCAUUGUACUCUCUUGAUUUGAGAGACAAGAAAAAACUACGAUGCAUUUGGCUCGCACCAGAUGAAGGUGACAAGCACAUUGUGCGUCCGCCGCGAAUAGACAGCAUGCACUACGCACAAAUUAAUGCUUCAAUGUAUGAUCACAACAUUAUCGAUAAGAUAAAGCGAACAGAUCAUCUCUCAGUACAACUCGAAAUCAGCAAUCGCUAUAUGGACGCCACACAUACGUAUGAGCAGUCAGCCAAAAUGCUGCUUCGUUGUAUACGCAAGCGUGAAGAAAUAUUUGGUGCUAUGACAGAGGAAAUCCAGCGUCUACGUAGUGAUUAUGACAUUCGUUGUGCGCAACUCGUGGCGCUGUGCAUGUGCGGGGCACAGAGAGCAGCAACUGGGAAAGAUAAUACUGCGUUUUUGUUGCUUCGAAAAGCAGAAGAAUUGACUGCUCGAGAUGGUCUCCAAUAUUGCAAGAAACACGUUCAGCGAGCAGCUGUUUACCAAAAUAUUGCAAACUACUACAGGAAGCAAAAAAAGUAUCAGGCAGCUUUACAAGCGGCACAAAAAGCAGUGAGAAUCAACGAAAAGCUCGCACCUAAUGAUCGGUUUGCUAUCACGUACUUUUUGCAAGCGUGUUUAUAUGGAUUGGUGCACGAGCAUUCAAAAGCUGGUUUCAUGUAUACGACGUGCCUUCUACUGAUUGAUAAGCAGCAGACUGAGAAUAUUGCAAGCAAAAAUCGUCAAUCGACUGAAGUAUUUGAUACAAUACGAACUGCAACAUUGCACAACCUUGCCAUCGAGUGGGCAAGUCUUAACAUGCCUGAUCAAGCUCGAGAUGCACUUGUUAGCGCAAUGGAAUUGGGUUUAAACCAUUUGACGCAAACGCAUCCGAUCGUUGUUCGCAUGUUUGAAACCUAUAAAAUUCUGCGCGAAAACUUUCUCUUUCAAAACAGCAAACGAAACGCUACGUCAGUGGAAUCAGCUCCGCUUCAAAAAGCUUCUCGUCUGACCGGUCCAAUUCGUCCCACGUCACCAUCAGUAUCGGUUUAUGGUACAAAACGUCCGGCUCCGUCGAGGCUUUACAGAAAUUUCGAAGACUCCUCACGGGACGUCACUAGUCCGCGUUUAGGGCGAAUGACUGGCCAUCAAAAUUCUGUGACCGUGUCGGAAGAUCGUAGUUCAGUACAAUUGACGUCUCGACGACCAACAAGUUCCAUGUCAGCAACAGCGAGAGACUCACCUCGUGUACGAGUCAUAAUGCGACCACUUACUACACCCGAAACUUUUACUAACAUAUCUGGUUACGCUGUCCCUCCUGGAGCUACAAGGAGUUCAAAUAUACAGACAGCACCAGAUCGUUUGUAUUCGCACGCAUUGAGGGUAAGGUAUAGUUUGCACAAGGAGCGGGUUCUUGAGGAAGCUCGAGCUUACGGGCGGCGUCGGCGAGCUGCUUUAAAGAUACAGAGUCUCUGGACUAAAGCGUUGGUUCGUCAUCGAGCACUUCAACGGAAGACAAAUGCAGCGACUCUAAUACAAAGCGUAAGGCGCAUGCAAAAUCAAAAAUCUCAGGAAUGUAAAGCGGCAGCAAAAAUUCAGUCAUAUGUGCGGCGGCACUUAAGAAUGAAGCAAUUGCAUUAUAUCUUACCAGCUGCGGCUAUAAUGCAUCGUGUAAUACAUUACGUGGAAGCUCAACAGCAAGUGGCUAUCGCAAUCGAGAGUGUCGUUCGGAUUGUGAUGAGUUGUUUGAUCGAGGCAGUGACUGUCAAUGGUCAGAGAUUACGUACACAGGAGACAGCUGUGAAGUUGACACCAAUGGAUGUGACGUCAUUGAAAAGGAACGAUGCAUGCACGUUUAAAGCGUCUAAUGUGUCUAAUGAAACUGAAGAUGAUGAGCCAAAAUUUCAAUGUGCUGCAACACCUGAUGAUCCAUCAGAAAAAGAGGGCAAAGUAAUGAAUUAA